GUAUAUAAAUGAAGUAGGCUGCGAACGUCUCUCUUUUAUAACCUAAAAAAUGCGCGAGAUGUAUCACAGUGGAAUGGCGAAGAGAGCUUUAAUUUAAGUUUUAAUAGUGCAAAAGUGAACGGAUUACCACCAUGCCAUCAAAGAAGAGAAAAUAUAAUGCGAGGUUUCCAGCAGGGCGAAUAAAGAAGAUUAUGCAGACUGAUGAAGAAGUGGGGAAGGUGGCCCAGGCUGUGCCUAUUAUAAUCUCUCGCACCCUAGAACUGUUCGUGGAGUCGCUUCUCAGUAAGGCGAUGCAGGUGACCAUGCAGAGGAACGCCAAGACGCUCAGCCCAUCGCACGUGAAACAGUGCAUAUUGGCGGAGUCGCGGUUCGACUUUUUGAGGGACUUGGUAAAAAAUGUACCAGACGUAACUGCUGCAGAGGAGAAGGAGUUACAGAGUGGUGAGAGCUCACCAAAUUCCUCAAGGUAUUCUGAUGCGUCAAUGCCACGGAGGGUAGUCAGAGAAGACUCGAACAGUUCCAGCAGCUCGGACAUCAAAGUGCAGCAAAUUAUACCGCCCAUAGAGAACGCCCCUCUAUCUAUAUCAGUCCAAGUUGACAAAACAACAGAGCAACCGAUAGAGGCCAUAGAUUUAACAAAGAAGAACGACGCGAAACCAAUCGUGACGGCAAACUUCUAUCAAGAAACGCUAGUCACUGAGGAAAUACAACAUAGGAGCGUGAUUCGAGUCAACCCAACGUACGCGAGCCCUCAGCCGUCUACUUCGAGCUACGCAAGCUUGACUCCUGUGGAGAUGAAACCGUUAGAAGCUCCAGUGCCAAAGCAAGACCCCACGUUCUGCGUGGAUGUAAGGCAGACUACACCACCCAAAACACCGGUCACACCAGUCACACCUCUACUGAACAUAGAUUUCACCAAGAACCUGACGAAGCCGGAAAUCAAAGUGUUAGACACGACUAUAGCGAACGUGGUCAGUGCAAAGUCAGUGAAGAAAGUGCAACGGCAAAAUUCCAAGCCGAAAGUGAAAAAAGUGGAAAUACCCUUACCAAAACCCGUCAGCUUGGAGAACAUUAACUCUGAUUUACAGAUAGACGAGGAUUAUGAUACCUGAUGUGUUUUUUGUUGUUUGUUGUGCUAUGUUUUGUGAUGUGCUCACGGUAUAUGUUAUUCAAACACAGAAAGGGACAAUAUAGAGGGGUUUUUGUGUGUUAAGUAUAGUUUUGUAUGAUGAUGGUUGAGAAUAUAUUGCAAUGCAAUGUAUUUUAAUAUGACUUGUUACUACAAUUUAUCUUGGAACAGCUUCCGCAGUAAUGGUUUUAUAUUUUAUUUAAAUGGACAGUGCGAAUGAAAAUUUCUGAUGAGAAUGUGUUAGUAUGAAUUAUAUUUGUAUUAUGCUUUUUAGGGCUCCAUUACCAAAGGGUAUAAACAAAACCCUAUUAUAAGGACUCUUCCCGUCUUAAUUUUUUGGAACGGAACUCUAAAAAGUUUUAUUUAUCACUGACCUGUGACACAAAUAACAAAUUCAAUUAUUUACAGGCAAGAUAAAUGAACGAGUAAUGUAUAAUUUCAGAAAAUAAAGACUAAUGUAUUGACGGAAUAAAAAUCCGUUAAAAAGUCUUUAAUUUCAUAAUUUUUACAUGUGUAACACGCACGUCAACCCAAGAAAACUUAUUAUACUUAUAUUCUUACUAUGUUGGUAUGAAUAACAUAUAUCACGAGCAUAAAUUGUUUACCAUGUAGGUAUAUUAUGUUAAGUUGUCAGACAUUUGUAUCAUAAAGUUUAGAUAUAAACAUGCAUGUAUGGUGUUGUUUGAGAUUUGAGAUAUUCUGAUUUGUGUGUUUGGGGUGUGUAGAGUAGUCAUGAGACUCGUAUAGUAAAUUACUUGCGGAGUUCUGUAUAAAAGUCAGUUUGUAACGAUACAAAGAAUUAUUUUAAUAAUAUGUAAAGAAUUAUUACAAAAAUACUGGCAUCUAAAAUAUUGAACACGAGAGGGGCAAUUGGUGACGUCUGAUUUUUUAUGCUAAUAAGAGAAAAAUCAGCCGUCUGUUUCUAAACAUAAACUGGCCAGCUUCACCAGUUUCUCACAAAGUCACUGAUAACUUAUUUAUCACUGGUAUAUUAUUCUUUAGAUUAUUUAAACCUACAGAUAAGCUGACAAAUGGAUUUCAUUCAGAAGUUGAAUUGGCUGGCAGGUAUGAAAUAUUUUAUAAUAUUUGUCACUGUUUGGAGCUAUUUGAUUGUUCCCCGCGGUGUAAUAUCCCACAAUUCGCACGUCACCCUGCAAAAGACUUCAACGGACCGUGUCUAUACGAUGUGAUAGUUAUCCAAAUUUAUAAACGCUGCAAGUUUUCUUAUUAAUAUAG